CUCUUCCUCCUCCUCGUAAUAUCAAGUUUGAUGUACUAAAUUUCUCUAAAAGCAAAAAAAUUAAUAAAAUAAGCAAAUGCUUGAUCAGAUUCCGUCGUUUCGUGACGGAUGUCAUGGCGUUCGUACGGGGAUGUAAACAAUGGAGUUGACGUAAAAAAUCAGCUGAAUUUUUGUAAACUAGUCUAUUUCUGAAGUAUGGAAUUUGUUGCCACAAAACGGCGCAAAAAGUGGAAGAAAAAGCGAUACCUGAAGAGAAAACAGUUACACGAGCGAAUUAAAAUUGAGGUUAAAUCCGCGAAGCGUUGGGAACUCUUGCCAGAAUAUAUUAAUCCUUUCGAAGUGCAAGAAACACUAGGAACGAGCACGAUGCAGGCUGAUACUUUUUGGAAAAAUUAUGCAAUAGCCCAGGAAUGGCAAAAAAGACAUAAUGUAACCUGGUGGAGAUCACGCUGCCUUGCUCUUGAAUAUGAGAAUGAAAUGCUGCGCAAUAAAGUGAGAUUCUUAGCUCAGCAUCAUGCCUAUCCUAAUACAGUAAUAAUUCAGGAAAACAAUCAUUAUAAAGAGAAUAAUGAUAAAGAUGUACAGAAAGAAAACUGUACAGGAUCCAAAUCAGACAUUGAAGAUGUUGAGUUUAAUGUGACUGAAGAUGUUGAGUUUAAUGUGACUGAAGAUAUGCUAAACUUUUUUGAAACGAGCGAGAGACACAGAAGACAGUUGAAGCAAAAACAAAAAUCUAAUGAGAUUGCGUAUAAGGAGGAAUACCUUGUAGAAGAAAUUCCCAUCAUUGAUAGCGCUGAAAGCGUUCGUACAAGGAAACAGGAAGUAGACUUGUUGUAUGGUGAUGACAGUUCAAAAAUAUUAGCAAUGGAAACUGCUUUGCAAGCUGCAACAAACAAAUAUAAAGAUACCGUUAAUCCUCAAUAUUGGCCCAAUAUUCCUCUCAAACCUUAAAAUAACCAAGCUAAUCUAGUAUUUUAUUUUCAAGUUCAAUGUAUUUUGAACACUUAAAAAAAAAUAUAUUAUUUCAAUACAUCA